AUGGACGCUAAAGAACAGGUCAUUUCUCUUCCUCCUGUUCGAUUCUGGGGCCUAGAUCCUUUGUUUUGGACGCACAUUAAAAUGUUUGUUAAAGACGUUUACGAAUUACACGAAUGUGCUGAUUAUCGAGGUGAGGAAAUUAUUUUAUCCUAGAUCCUGCAUUGUCUCCCUGAGUGAUUUGAUGCCCCCCAAAACACCAUACCUUAGAAAGAAAGAAACAGUGUUCUAUGUUUGUUUCCAUUGUUUUUCAUUUGUUUUCUUUGUAUUACAAAGUGCAGUGUUGCCAGGCCAGUGGUCAAGCAUCAUCUUUUGUUUUAGAUUUCAGAUACUGUAUGACAAAUACAGCUGUCAACGCUGUCUCACGUACGACCAUGCCACAUAUAACUAACUAUAUCCCCCGUGGUCAGAUACCCCUCUGCGACAUAAGUCUUUAAAAUUUGUAUAUUGCGUAUGUUAUUAGAAAAGGAAAUCUGGUAAUCAAAUAAACACGACUCAUGAAUAGUCAGAGAGGGUGGAAUAAAACGCUGGUUUUAAAAUUUCAUUUAUAGCAUUUUUUUCUCCAUUUUUAACCUAACGGCAAAAAAAUUUCAAGAAAAGAUUGUUGCAAACUACUUUUUUUGUUUUUGUUUUUGUUUUUUUUUUUAACCCUAUUCAUAUGUUGUUCAUUUAUUCACCUUAUUCAUUCAUUCAUAUUAUUUUUGAUUGAAAUGUGCUUUGGGGGAAAUCUUUCUGUUCAAGGCUCAAGAAAGAUACUGUUGGAGACAAGUGACAGAUUUCAUUCUCAGUACAUUCGGCAACAAAAACUGACUUAAAACUUGUGUGAAACUGAAAAUCAAUUCAAAUGUGUUACAACAACAUAAGAAGAUAACUGUGAAUAGCCAAAAUGUUUUCAGAUUUUCCUUGUUACCCAGCAGCAUUCUGGUUCUUGAUUUUGGUGCUAAACCCCAUACGAUUCUUGUUGUUAAUGUGAGUUUUAGGGUUUCAAAAUUUUUAUACCUAUUUAAAUUUUAUCUCUGGAUUCAUUUUCUUUUGCAAAGUUCACCUAAUUAUUAUAUCAUAAAGAUUUACAAGAGCUUGUGAGUGAAAUAUUCUAGAAUAUAACCUUCAUGUACAAGUACUUAUGGGUACACUCAAGUAGUUUCCAGUGGACUCUGGUGUUUCACUUUACCCUUGAACAACAAGUAAAACUUACAUGUAGUUUUGCACUAAAUGGAUAUACUCUAGCCACCCUGGCCCCAGGUAUUCAAAAGGUGGAUGAAAUAAUUACUAUCUAGCGGAUUAUAACGCAGUAUUAUUGGUUUCCCUAAUACAUAUCCACUGGACAUAGUGAUUUAUCCAAAGUUUGAACAGUCAGGCUCUGGAUGUUAUGGGUUGGAAUGUUGGGCAUCCUACAAUAUUUUUCUUGGAGUACAACCUUGUGUGCUGUACUUCUAGCUCAUAUGCCUUUUUAUGGAGAGGUGAUAAAUGUUACUAAAACUAACCUUUUUAAAUUUAAAAAAUAUUUCUUAAUCAGGAAAAUAACAGGAAGUAGAACUGAAGUAAAUAGAGCAGUUUUUACUCACCUGAAGUGUCUAGCUGUAAAAUCUGUUCUCACCUUAAAACUCGUAUUCAGCCUAGUUUAAUUCAGAAUUUUAAUUUCUUUGUUUGUAGGAAAACAAAGGAAUUAAAUUCUACGUAGCUCUUUAUUAUUCAUAACAGAUGAAGGAAAUUCUUGUUUGACCUGAGAGCAUUACUAGAAAUAAAUGUGACUAGAAUUUUGAUAUAUAUAUUCAAAUAUUUUGAUAAUAUUAUUGAAACUGUUACUUUUCUGUUUAGGAGUCUUUUGUUAUGCUAAUAACCAUCCAGUCAUAAGGGCGGAAGUUCUGGGACAUAUUGUUAGCAUAGAUGAAAAGGAGAAAUUAACAAGUUAUGGAGGUACAUUUAUUUAUGACUUACUAUAAUAAGCAUGUGCAUUCUCAAUAUAUUCUUCACAUAUUUUCUUUCAUGCAAUCUGAAGAAAAUCUGUUGACAGUCAAUACCUAAAUAUCUUUGAUUAUCAUGAUGUUUAUGUUGGCUAACAGUAAUUUGUUAUUGGCGAGAUGAAACAAAAUGAAGCAAAGCGGUGAAUUUAAUCCUUCACCUAAUCUUUCCAUAAUAUAGAAAUAGAAUGAGGUCAAGUUUGUUGCUCUCCAGUUUAUGAAUAAACUACCCUGUCCAAUAAUCUAUAUCCCUCAAAAAUAGCUGCAAAAAAUAACCCACUACAGGGCUUACUACAAAAAUAACCAUAUUUCCUCAAACAAGUGCCUGAGCACUUAUUUAAAAUUUUCACUAAAAUUAUGGAGGGGCAUUUUGGUAGAGGCCAGGUGGUUUUCCUUUCAACGAACGGUAAUUUUAUUGUGGCUAAUUCUUAUUACAAAAAAAAAAACUACAUCAUCCACAUUAACAUCAAGUCAAUAUUCAAAUGUCUCUCAUUUGUUAAAACAGUCACGUGGCUGGUAGUCAAGCAUAGCAUACUUAUAUUGAUUAUCUCAUCAUCCUCAAGGUUGAUAUGCAGGUCUUUGCAUCCCUCUAACUUGUAUCCCUAUUAUUUUAGGAAAGUGAUGGAGAGGUGACAGGGGGAGGCAUAUUUGAGAAGGGUGCUUAAUAUUUGAUAUUAUGGCCUAGGGGUUAGGUGCUUAUUUGGGGGAGGGCGCUUAUUCAAGGAAAUGUGACCUUAAUUCUCCAGGAAAACGUACACUAACCGUUUUCCAUUUAACGGGUAAAAACUAACGGCUAACGAACGGCUUGUUAACAGCUUUUCUUUUCACUACAAAUCAUGUUAUUAUUUGUUCAUUAACUACUACCUGCAAAAGGUUUUUUAAUUUUGACAUGCAGGUAUUUCAAAUUAAGCUGAAAUACCACUGCUCAAAGCCAAUCAAAUUGCAGAAAUUUCUCAUGUAGUAGUAUAAUAUUAUUAAUUUAUAGUUGAUGAUGGCAGUGGAACAAUUUUGUGCUGUAAGUGGCACCCAGCUGCAUCAGAUCUGAAGAGCACCUGCAGUGGUAACAGGGAAUUGUACAAUCUAGGGCAACAGGUGACUGUACAAGGAAAGAUUUCUACAUUCAGAGAGCAAAGGCAACUUACUGUUGAUUUUAUCUGUAUCCAUUUCCUUAUUAAAGAUUAGUUUGUUACUUGUAAAUCUGAGGAAUCCUACAAUACCAUAAAUCCUCUAUUAAGCCCCCCAUCUCAAAUAAGCCCCAUCCCUCUAGUAAUUAAGCCACCCCCUCCCCCUUUUCAGGGGAAGAAAGAUAAAAAGCUCCCCUCCCCUCUGCUAAAUAUUCUUCACUAAAAUACUGAUAGACUGUAUAAAUAAAUCACGGCUGUAAAAAUAGUGUGGACUGAUCCAGGAUGGUUUAUUUACCAACUGGAAAUUCAGAUUUGAUUCAGAUUUUAGGCUGCAUGACCUCCAACCUUCUUUUACUUGUCAUGAGCUUUUCUACUUCGUAUUCUAGUUCUUCAUGGAGAAUUGAUACCAGCGUAUUUUCCAAAUUAAAUAAGCCCCCCGUCUCCAUUAAGCCCCCCCUAAAAUGGGCUUCAAAUAGAUAAGCCCCUGGGGCAUUAAUAGAGGAUCCCUUGAUGCUUUUUUAAAGAUUCCCAACAAGGAUGUGGUCUGGGAGAUACACUCAGUUCAAACUAGGGUGGAACAUUAAGGUGGAUUUCACAGUGGUGAGAGCGCUCACCUCCGAUCACUGUGGCCCAGGCUCAAAUGCUGGUGUCUGAAUGCCAUGUGUGGGUUGAUCUUGUCAUUGGUUCUUGCGCUACCUGCUCCCAACUGAGAGUUUUCCCUGGGUACUCUCUGGAAAACUAGCACUAACAAAGUCCUACCCAAUCUGGAACACACCGAAACAUUUCAGCUUUCAGUUCUUAAAAACUCCUUAGUGCUUUGCGGGUAAACAACAAGUUACAAACUACAAUAUUAUUUUAUUAUCUGGGAACAAAGGGGGAAAAGUCAGGUUGUAAGAGUCCAUUUUUGAGAUUUUGGAGGAGCCCUAGCCCUUUUAAGCCUACAAUCAAAAUUUGAAUUCUCAUUUGUUGCCCCUAUUCAUUUCCUACAGAGGUAGUGGAGAGGCGGUUGAUAUUAAGCACAUUCUUGUCGCGGGAUCAUGUCGAUAAUUCUCGGGACCACUUUGUUUACAAAGCAUUGAUAUUAAUACAAAGAGAAAUUUGAUUCUGAUCACUCUUAGGGCUUAAAGGGUUAAAGUGAAUGAGUUCACUGCGUGGUGGUAUUUGUUAAGGUUCAGUUUAAGGUUCUAACCAUGAGUUUGAGCCUGGCAUUAAAACAUUACAAACUCUUUCACUUGCUAUAGACAUGAGAAAAAGAAAAAAAUGUACAUUGUCAUUUCUCUCUUGCGAUUUUUACAUGUUAAAAUUUUCUUUUUAAAAAUGUUUAGCCUUAACAAUAUUCAGAUGCAGAAUCAGACCCUAAUGUUGAAGUUUUGUUUUGGUUAGAAGCCAUCAAUCUUGGCAACAAUGUUUACAGUCAAAAAUCGUUCACAAAUUCCCUCAAGAAUCCUCCUGCAGGAAUUGAUGAGUUGACAAAGGAAGAGGAACUGAAGAGGGCCAUUUUACAACAGAUUAAAGAGAAUAAAAUAGUGGCAUUCCAGUUUAGAACCUUGUGCCUAGACCCAGAUAUACAACAGAUAGCUUCUGAGGCUGUCAGCCAGAAAUCUACAGACCAGGUAUUCAUAUUCUCAAACUUAUCGAUAAGCCAAUAAAGGUCGGUACACACUAGGCGACAAGUUGCAGCAACACGGUGAGGUGACACGUCGCUGCGACAAAUCGCUUCGUGUGUACUGGAGAAUUUUUGGGAAAAUCUUUGUCUCUGCAACGGAAUUUUGUCGCUGCAACAAGUCGCAAAAAAUCAAAUCAGACUGAAAUUGUGCGACUUGUUGCGGCAACAAAAUUCAGUUACAGCGACAAAGAUUUUCACAAAAAUUCUCCAGUACACAAGAAGCGAUUUGUUGCUGCGACGUGUCGCUUCACAAUGUUGCUGCAACUUGUCGCCUAGAGUGUACCGCUGUAAGUAGGACCUACGAAAAUGCAACUCAUAUCAUCGCGUGAUUUGUUUUAGGUGUUGUGACCAGGGAACAUAAAUGUCCCCUGAUUGUGAGCUUUUGCUUUCAAUUUCUUCCAUGAUCAUUAUAAUUUUGGUUUAAAACAUUAUGUUUGACAAGGUGUUAAAUUUUGUCCACACACCUCUAACUUAUUGUUAUAAAACAAAGAUAUGAUUGUUUAGGUGGUAAUUGCAAUUUAAGCAACUGCAAAUUAAUUAAAUUAAAUUCUUAAUUUUCAAAUAUAUUAUUGCUUAAAUUGCAAUUUACUACUGCAAUGAUCAUAUCCUCAUUCAAAAAUUUAUAUUUCCGAAGUUCACAUCAUCUUCAUUCUACCUCUAACUUAGUUGUCUUGUUUGUUUAACCCACUUCUGUCCAAAUUCCUUUUUUUUUUAUUCCACUGAAAUAAGUAUUUUUAUUCCAUGCUUCUUAUUCCUUUCAAAGCCCCAGGGUAAAAAGCUGGAUCGAUCAUAUGAGAUGAAGAAAGUUGUCCGGCAAGUUAUUAAAGGUCUUGAGAGAGCUGGAUUGGUGUAUUUUAAAGACUCGCGAACAGAUCUUUACGAGGUAAUUAAUCUUACCAUAAAUAAACCAGUUUCCCCUACUGUCCACAGUGGCUCUUCCAAAAAGUGAAUUUUUAGUUUUUUUUUUUCUGAGCUCAUGUAUAAGUUCUCUCUGGUUUUGUCCUUACUACUUUUCUACACCUCACAAAACUAGCAUUAUUCAUAUGAAUUCUUACUUAUGUUCAAUGUGUUUCCUGUUGAUUUCUUUGGAUUGGAGGCUGGGCUUUCAGUUUAAAGGUUGAUUUUGUUCUUUCCUUUUAAUAUCCACUUGCCUCUCUGUGUCAGUAUUUGCAAAUCUCCAUCAGCAGCUAUUUUUAAAAAACAUUUCAAGACUCAUCUUUUAAAGAAACCUAUGACCUUUAACUUUUAUUUCUAGUACACGUAUUUACAUUGUAGUGAUAUUUGGCAUGAGUGAUAUUUCAAAAUUGUUAUACGUGAGCCGUUAGGUGAGUGAAAUUUGAGGCAAUUUUGAAAUAUCACGAGUGGUAUUUAUGCCAAAUAUCAUGUACAAAUCAUGCUAUUAUUUGUUUAUACUACUACCUGCAAAGGUUUUGUAAUUUUCACUUUUAGGUAUUUCAAAUUAAGCUGAAAUACCACUGCUCUAAACCAAUCAAAUUGCAGAAAUUUCUCAUGUAGUAGUAUAGUGAUAUGUAAAUGUAUCUUCAGGUAUUUUUAGAUUUUUAACUUUUAUUUUUUAUAUAUGUAUUAAUAUUUUUAUGCUUUGUAAUUAAUUUAUGUUGCAAUUUUUAGCUUUUAGUUUUUAGGUUAGCAUAAUCAUUGUAAACCGCUAUGAAAGAGUGGCUCAAUAGUGCUAUAUAGAUAAUAUUAUUAAUUGUUAUUAUUUUUAUUUACAGUUUCAGAUCAAACAUUUAACAUUCCUAUGCUGUCUGUUUAAUUUUUUUUCUCAUCUAUUUAAUCGAUUAAGGAAUCCAUCUUUGGACUUUUCUCUGCUAGGUCAUUAGUCAUGAACAUAACCUGGGACCAGCUAUCAUAAAAGCCAUGAGGAAAGUCGCAGGUGAUUAAAAAUAAAAAAAAAAUGUGAUGGUCAUACACUCAGGCAACUGAACUCUUCCUAAGACAGCAACCAUUGGGACCAGCGCUGAUUUGUCUGUCUUAGGAAGAAGUCCAUCUUAUAGAGAGUCAACUAACAAGAAUAAAGAAAGGCAGAGACCAACUCUAGGCAUCCAUUUUACUGAGAUGUCCCACUUAAAGAGGUGUCUGUUAAGAAAGAGUUGACCGUACUUUAACAGUAACAACGUGCAAAGAAAGUCGUGUCCCACAGCCCAAGGGCUAGUGGAUUUUAACAUCGGGCUAGUGAUUUUUGUUCUUAACUUGCCUGAUGAGCAAGUGAAAUUUUUUAAGGAAUUCAAAUCACAAGAGAACUGUUAUCAACCGUGCUCAUCAUCAGGCUAGUUAAAAUCACUUUUGGGCUAGUACCUGCUAACUACAGCUUGCCCGAAUUGCAAGCUGGAAAACUGACUCUUUGCACCCUGAGUAACAAAUCAAUCAAUCAAUCAGUUUACUUCCUUAUUUAGCAUUCGUCAGUCAGUCAGUCAUCAAUGAAAUCAAUAUACCCUACAGUUACCAUAAAUCCUCUAUUAAAUCCCCUCUUUCAAACAAGUGCCCACAUUUUUUUAGAGAAGAGUGUUGCCAGUAUAAUUAUCAGUCAGUUUUUCAGAUAAUCAGUGAGUCAGUCAAACAGAAAUCAAUGGUAAGUCCACUAAUGUCUUCUAACUUGCCUUUUGUUAUUUUUAGCCCCAUCAGGUUCACCAGUGUCCAAAUGGGCCAUCAUGGAUGUUCUUCAUUCUUCUCACAAGUUUCAUCAUGUGACAUUGCAUCAAAUAGAAGACUCGCUUGAUAAACUCUUACAGGGCAGUGAUAUUUACAGACACAGUGAACAUCAAUACUGUUUAGUAUGA